AACCAGCUUCAUUUACUGCAAAGAUUAGAUUGUUUGAAUCAGUUGCUUUGGGAACUUAGUGGAAGAUUUCUAUCAGGCAAUAAAAUUGAUUCAAUAGGUGACAAAUUAUCAGGACUUACAUUGCUUCGGUUCUUAACUUUAAGCUCCAACAAAAUUUCUAGUAUAGAUAAUGGUGCGUUCUCUGAUCUUCAGUAUUUGCGUAUAUUAGAUAUCAGCCUCAACGAAAUUUCUAAUAUAGAAGAUGAUGCGUUUUCUGGUCUUCAGUCUUUAUAUUCAUUAUCUUUAAGCUCCAACAAAAUUUCUAGUAUAGAAGAUGGUGCGUUCUCUGGUCUUCAGUAUUUGCGUAUAUUAGAUAUCAGCCUCAACGAAAUUUCUAGUAUAGAAGAUGAUGCGUUCACUGGUCUUCAGUUUUUGGCUGUACUUGCUAUAGAUAAUAAUAAUUUGACAACGGUAUCCGCUAAUAUAUUUGACAAAGUGACAGAUCUUAUUGAAUUGUAUCUUCGUGGUAACCCAUUGAUAUGCUGUACAAUGGCUGAUUUUUUUGAAUGGCGACUAAAUCAAAACAAUAUUACGGAAUCUGACGGCACUUGUACUGAUUUAAACUCAACCAUUGACAUCAACAGUUUUAAUGUAUCAAAGUGUCCAAUUGAUAGCGGAUGGAGCUCUUGGGUGAACUCAACAUGUUCCGUCACAUGUGGAAACGGUAUUCUAUCCAGAAUUCGAACUUGUGACAGCCCAUUACCUUCCGCCGGUGGAAAUGAUUGUGAAGGGUCUAGUGAAGAAUCAAUAAAAUGCAGCUUAAAUGAUUGUCCAGUUGAUGGUCAGUGGGGCUCCUGGUCGACUGGACCAUGUUCUGUCACAUGUGGUAAUGGCAUUAGAUAUAGAAAUAGACGUUGUGAUAGCCCACCAAUUUCUAACAAUGGACAAGAUUGUAUUGGUUCCAGCACACUCUCUGUGAUUUGUAGCUUAGGCGUUUGUCCAGAAUCAUGUAAAGAAUCAGGAAAGAAAGCAGAAUCAAAGAAAAUGAAAGCAAGUAAAAGGAAAAGAUAUCAGAAUAGACAACUGAAUAGAAGAGCAGCAACACACAACAAAUAACGUGUACUGCAUGUUUGUCUUGUAACUAAAGGAAGAUGCAGGACAAAGGAAUAACUAUUUCUCAAAUAAAUUAAGAGGAAUUUUAUCUUUAAUCUAUGUUUCAUUUCUGAAUGUUAAUCAUUUGUUAUGGAUAUAUUACCUUUCUUCUUUCUCUUUUAACAAUUUUUGGGUUAGUUCAAUAUCAGACUGAGUUAUAAUUUGAAUUUAAAAAUUGCAGAUCAAUAUGUUUCUAUAUAAACCAUCAACCAAUCUGUAUGAAUAUGUUUUUUUGGAAAAUCAGAAGUAAAGAAUUUGAUUUCAUUUUUAUUUGUUAAUAAAUAUUGAUUUCAA